UCACCAGCCCCCGCCCCUCGCCGCCAUGUUCCGGACUCGCGCGCUCUCGAGCCUCCAGCUGCUGCGCGGCGCCCUGUUCCCGUGCGCGCGCCCGGGGCUGGUGCACGCGCAGUGUCCGUGCGCGCGCCCGGGGCUGGUGCACGCGCUGGGCGGCCCGGCGCGGCGCUACCGCGUGGAGCAGCGGAGUUACUGGCAGGCGCUGCGGCGGCGUCUGCUCGGCCCGCCGGAACCGCCCUACCGCAGGCCGUGCCUGGUGGGGACGCCGGUGUUGCGCGCCGUGCCCGCGGACCAGGUGCGCGGCCCCGAGGUGCAGCGGCUCGUGCACGCGCUGGUGGCUGCGCUGCGUCGGGCUGACGCGGUGGGGCUGAGCGCGCCCCAGCUCGGGGUCGCGCUGCGCGUGCUCGUCCUGGAGGUGCCCGAGCGCGUGCUCGAGGCCGAGAAUGCGCGCGUCCGCGAGGCGCGCGACAUGGUGGCCGUGCCCCUGCGCGUCAUCGUCAACCCGCGGAUCCGCGUUGUCGACCCGCGCCCCGUCCUCCUGCCCGAGGCCUGUCACAGCCUCCCCGGCAUCGCCGCCUGUGUGGCCCGGCACCGCGCCGUGGAGGUGACAGGGCUCGAUGAGCAGGGGCAGCCGCUACGCUGGACGGUAUCAGGCUGGACAGCACGGAUCCUGCAACAUGAGGUGGACCACCUGGAUGGGCGGCUCUUCAUCGACCUGAUGGACAGCAGAACCUUCCAGAACCUGCGCUGGCAGGAGGCGCUGGAGCGAGCGUCGUGGUGAUGCUGCCAUGCAGAGAUGCAGGAACCGGCACAGCAAGAUCCCAUUGGCAGUGGCUUCCCUAUCACUGAAGACAAGCAGCCCCUGAACCCUGCGUGGCCACAUUGGGAAAUGAGUGGUUCAGUCAAUGACACAUUUUACAAAUCCACCCAAAUGUGGGAAACUGAAUAAAAUUCACCAGAAGCUGUGAA